CUAAUAUAAAAAAUGAACGAUUUUUCUUCUGAACCAAGUGAAGGAGCUGCUUCCAGUUUGUUGGCUCACAAGUCACAAUUGGAAAGACGUUUUCAACAAGUUUUAGAUCAAGUGACACCAUUUGCUCCUUAUCGUUGGGUAGCAACCGUUGUUCUUUUAAUCUUGUUUUUAUUACGUGUUGUCUAUGCUGAAGGAUGGUACAUUAUAACAUAUGCUUUAGGCAUUUAUAUUUUGAACUUGUUCUUGGCGUUUUUAACACCAAAGUUUGAUCCCUCUGUUGACUUGGACACUCAAGCCAACGAAAUGGAAGAAGGACCUGCUCUUCCCAUGAAGAACGAUGAGGAAUUUAAGCCCUUUAUCCGUCGUCUUCCCGAAUUCAAGUUUUGGUAUGCUGUGACUAGAGCAACGGUGAUUUCCAUCUUUUGUACCAUGUUCCGUGUGUUUGAUAUUCCUGUUUAUUGGCCCAUUUUGUUGGUGUAUUUCAUCAUCUUGUUUGGUUUGACCAUGCGUAGACAAAUCAGCCAUAUGAUCAAGUAUAGAUAUAUUCCCUUUGAUUUAGGCAAGAAGAGUUAUAGCAACAGAAGAAGAGUCUAAUCUCCCCACAGACAAUAAUAAUAUUCAUAUAUACACUAAAAAUUAAUAACAACUUGUAAUUAAAAAAAAAAAACAGUCUCUUGCAAGUACAAAGUGUGUGAGCGUCGGGACACAAUUAUUAGACUCUUUCU